GAUUCCUCCUACCCUCCCUCGUCUCGUGCGUCGUGUCCAAACCCCAAACCCUCACGCGAAGUCACGCACCCCCGGCGACGGCGAUGGAUCUCCGCCGCCCGCCGCGCUCGACGUCCGGCGGCGUCGAGCCCAAGAUCCGCCAGGUCGGCUUCGUCACCCCUGGCGUUUCGGCCCCGUCCGAGCCGCCCGCCGCCGCCGCCGCGGCGGUAUCACUGCCUGGCGCGGCCGCCGGGUCGCCUCCGGCGUCGGACCUCUCCCCGGGCUCGCUCUCCCCCGUCAUGAUCCCUCCUCCGCGGCACGUGGAUCACCUCUCCCCCGACUCCCCCUCUCCCCCGGCGUCCGACGUCCUCCUCCUCGCGUCCUCGGCGCCUCAGCCUUCCUCCAUGCGCUUCGCCGCUGCAUCCGAGUUCGGAGAGGAGGAUUCGAGGUCCCUGGCCCCUUCCGCGGGGGAGCUAGAAACAAACAAGGGAGAUUUGGCUGAAAUAAGGAAUGAAGAUGCUCCAGCGUCCAUUCCGCAAAAGCAGAAACCUUCUAAAGCAGAGAGGCGUGCUAUUCAGGAGGCUCAGCGUGCUGCGAAAGCUGCUGCGAAGGAGGCAGGUUUAUCAGGAAAGUCAACAGGCGCUGCUUCUGGGGCUAAUCCUGCAACAUCCAAGCAAGCCAAGCCAGCUAAAAUUUCUCAGAAGAAAGAUGUGCCCCAUGCUCCAAGUACAGUUGCUUCUGAGAAGAAGGUUACUGAACGCCAACCAGAGAGAGAUAGAAAAAAAGAUGUUCCUCAUCCGAGAAUGCAGUUUGAUGAUGUGCAUCGGGUGGAGAAAGCAAAAAAACGUGCAAUUGUCAACCAAUCAGAGGCUCGAAACAGAGUUGAAUUGUUUAGGCAUCUGCCACAGUACGUCCAUGGCACUCAACUUCCUGACCUCGAGUCAAAAUUCUUUCAGCUGGAACCAAUUCAUCCUUCUGUGUACAAGGUCGGUCUCCAAUAUUUGUCUGGUGAGGUAUCUGGUGGCAAUGGUCGUUGCAUAGCAAUGCUUCUUGCGUUCAGAGAGGCAAUAAAAGAUUACUCCACACCGCCAAAUAAAACUCUCAGCAGAGACCUUACUGCAAAAGUCAGUAGUUAUGUGUCAUUUUUUAUCGAGUGCCGUCCACUCUCAAUUAGCAUGGGCAAUGCUAUCAGGUUCCUGAAAAACAGGAUUGCCAAGCUACCAAUUACAUUGUCGGAGUCAGAAGCCAAGGCCAGUCUUCAGUCUGAUAUUGAUCGUUUUAUUAAUGAGAAGAUAGUUGUUGCAGAUCAGGUUAUUGUCAGUCAUGCCAUCACAAAAGUCAGAGACGAUGAUGUCUUGCUAACAUAUGGGUCAUCAUCAGUUGUUGAAAUGAUUUUGGAGCAUGCUCAUGAACUUGGUAGGAAGUUCCGUGUUAUAGUGGUGGAUUCUCGUCCCAAGCUCGAGGGGCAAGGAUUACUGCGUAGAUUAGUGGCAAAGGGCAUUAACUGCACAUAUACUCAUAUAAAUGCAGUUUCAUACAUCAUGCAUGAAGUUACAAGAGUCUUCUUGGGUGCAUCCUCAAUAUUAUCAAAUGGAACAGUUUAUUCCCGAGUUGGCACAGCAUCCGUGGCUAUGGUGGCACAUGCAUUUGGAAUUCCUGUUUUGGUUUGCUGCGAGGCAUACAAAUUUCAUGAGAGGGUGCAACUUGAUUCUAUAUGCGCUAAUGAGCUUGGUGAUCCAGAUGUGAUUUCGAAAAUUCCUGGGAGGGCAGACUUGGGCGAUCUUAAGAACUGGGCUGACAACGAGAAUCUCCAACUGUUAAAUCUCACGUAUGAUGCAACCCCUUCUGAUUAUGUGUCGAUGAUCAUAACGGAUUAUGGAAUGCUUCCACCUACAAGUGUGCCGGUCAUCGUGAGAGAGUACCGCAAGGAGCAGCUGUGGGUAUAGAUCUACUUGCAGUGUGAUCGCAGUUUUGGCAACUGUUGCUGCCUAGGUGCAGCAUGAGUGGACAUAUACAACUUGUAUGUUUUUGAGAUGUGGGCUGUCAAACCUCUUUGCCGACUUACCGUUUUGUCUACUCAAAAUGGUCGUCUAGUUUUGUCACCUGUGAUUUCAUGGAAAUGCAUUUGAUUUGAAGUUUC